AUGGCGGACGCUGCUGCGGAUCCCACCGACAAGCUGGCCGAAUCGACGGUCAAGCUCCAGCUUGACGAGGAGACGGGAGAGAUGGUCAGCAAGGGCGAGCUUAAGAAGAGACUGGCGAAGCGCGCAAAGAAAGCCCUCAAGUCUACCGCCGUAGUCGAUAAGCCCGUGUCCAAGCCCAAGGCGAAGCCAGAGGAGGUAAUCUUGGACCCAGAGGCCAUGUUCAAGCAGGGCUUCCUCCAGGAGGUUUACAAGGAGAGGCCGUCCGAGCAAGUCGUUACGCGAUUCCCUCCCGAGCCCAAUGGCUAUUUGCACAUUGGCCAUGCCAAGGCCAUUGCUGUCAACUUUGGGUUUGCAAAGUAUCACGGCGGUGUUUGCUAUCUGAGAUACGACGACACGAACCCCGAGAAGGAGGAGGAGAGAUACUUCACCGCAAUCGAGGAGAUGGUCAGGUGGCUUGGAUUCACCCCCUACAAGAUUACCUAUUCCAGCGACAACUUCCAGAAGCUGUACGACCUGGCAGAGAAGAUGAUCACCCUGGAGAAGGCCUAUGUCUGCUACUGUGGAGAUACCGAGAUCAAGCUCCAGCGCGGUGGCGAGAAGGGCGCCUCCCCCCGAUUCCGGUGCGAGCACGCCAACCACACCGUUGACGAGAACCUCCAGAAGUUCAGAGACAUGAGGGAUGGCAAGUACAAGCCCAGAGAGGCAUUCCUGCGCAUGAAGCAGGACAUCACCGACGGCAACCCCCAGAUGUGGGACUUGGCAGCGUACCGCAUCAAGACCGACACACCGCAUCACCGAACCGGCUGGGACUGGAAGAUUUACCCAACAUACGACUUCACCCACUGCCUGUGUGACAGCUUCGAGGGCAUCACGCACUCCCUGUGCACGACCGAGUUUGUCCAGAGCCGUGUCUCGUACGAGUGGCUGAACAAGACCCUUGGUGUCUACGAGCCCAUGCAGCGCGAAUACGGCCGCCUGGGCAUCACCGGGACGGUGCUGUCCAAGAGGAAGAUUCUCAAGCUGGUCGAGGAGAAGAUUGUUCGUGGCUGGGACGACCCCCGUCUGUACACGCUCAUCGGCAUCAAGCGCCGCGGCGUGCCGCCUGGCGCAAUUCUAGACUUUGUCAACGAGCUUGGCGUCACCACCUCCGUCUCUGUUAUUCAGAUCAAGCGUUUCGAGCAGACUGUGCGCAAGUACCUGGAACGCACUGUGCCGAGGCUGAUGAUGGUCCUGGACCCCAUUCCCGUCGUCAUUGAGGAUGCCGAGCCCGCUGAUGUUGAGCUGGCCUUCUCUCCCAAGGAUCCUAACAUGGGAUCGCACACCAUCAAGUUCACGCCCACUGUUUACAUUGACCGUGCCGACUUCAGAGAGGUGGACAGCAAGGACUACUUCCGUCUUGCCCCUAACAAGACGGUCGGUCUGCUCAACGCGCCCUUCCCCAUCAAGGCCACAUCCUACACCAAGGACGAGGCCACUGGCAAGGUCACCGAGAUCCGCGCCGUCUUCGACAAGGAGACGAAGAAGCCCAAGGCUUACAUCAACUGGGUCGGUACCGAGGGCUCCAAGAAGGUCGAGGCGCGUAUCCACAACUCGCUGUUCAAGAGCGAGAAGCCUGACGACGCUGAGGGCGGCUUCCUCAACGACAUCAACCCGGAAAGCGAGGUCAUCUACCCCGAUGCGCUUAUCGAGAGCGGUUUCGACGAGGUCAAGCGCCGAGCGCCUUGGCCCGAAGCCGCCGGCGAGAGCGAGCUGGGCAAGGGCGGUCCGGAGAGUGUGCGCUUCCAAGCCACUCGCAUUGCCUACUUUGCCAUGGACUGCGAUAGCACCGAGGAUAAGAUUAUCCUCAACCGCAUCGUGUCGCUGAAGGAAGAUGCUGGAAAGGUUUGA